AUGGAGGACCCAAACAAGCCACUAGUCAUUUACGUUCCUGGCUUGUAUGGCUCCAAGCUAGUGCCUUUGGAAGGUGGCCGAAAGAGGAAAUGGAAUCCUCCAGUCUCUGGAAUCGUUUCUGCACUGCACGGUAAGCCGGGUCAUAAAGACCUUGCUCUUCCAGUUUCCUGGGACACCAACGAGGAUGGGGAUUAUGUUCAGGACGAAGAUGAUAUCUAUGCUUAUGAUUGUGUGAAAGGUGUUCAAGGAAAAAUGCUGACUUUCUUAGAAGGACUUGACCAGAAUGGUCUAAUUGAAUUGCACAAGGUUGUGUGGGACUGGCGACGCACUUUUGAAGAAACGGAAAAGUUGGUAGCAGAAGAAAUUGCUUCCAUUUGCAAAGAAGACGACAGAAAAGCGACACUAAUCACUCACGGAUGCGGAGCGAUGAUUACUUGGCCUACAAUCUCCAGCAACCCUGAGUGGUUCUCAACAUGGGUCAAUGCGGCUGGUUGGACACUUUAUGGAAGCACCAAGCAUUUGAAGGAGCUCAAUCUUGGAUUGACUCAUGAACUUUUGCAAGUGAUUGCAAAGAAACCUAUCUUGAAGGCAUUAUCAGAGGAAGCUAUAUAUUCGUUUGCAGGCUUGUAUUCCUUCCUUCCUGUGCGAGGAGAAGCUGUGCUCGAGGGACAAUCCGAGACUGGACUAGUCAAGUCAGACGGCACUUUCUGCUCCUUCAGCGACAUCGACUUACACAACGUAUUCACGUGGGAACAAUACUCACUCGGAAUCUUUGCUUGGAAGAAAGAAGAAGUUACUCUGGAGGAAAAAGCUCACAUUCAGUACUGCCUUGAUGCUGCAAAGAGAUUUCGCACAAAACAUUUUGUUCGCAGUGGCAACCGAGAUCCGAGUGAUCCGUCGUACCUUGAUAAAGAUGCAAGCGCAUACGAACAUUUGAAAAUUGUAUGCUAUGGAAAUGACCAAAUUGCAACACACAAUGCUUUUGAAGUGAACAAGGAUGAAAAGGUGAUCUCUGUAGCAAAAUCGAAGGUAACUUCAGCUGGAGAUAAGUCUCUCCCAACUGGAUCGUGGCAGACUAUCCCAGGAGGGUUAGAACGAGAAAUUAUUGAAUCCGAGAAGCGGUCUACUCACAUGAGCAUGAUCAAUGAUAAGAAACUUCGAUAUGUUGUUAUGGAUGCUUUGUUCGUUGAAGACAGCGGCAGCCGCACUCAAUGCCAACAAAUCUUGAAAGAAAUGGAAGACGAAACCGACCAAGCCAAACUUGUCGCUGCCAUCUUUCUGAUUUUCAGCUUCAUUUUGGGAUAUGGUGGAUUGAAGUUGAUGAUUGACGUGCUUGGUCUGUUGUACCCAGCAUACAUGACGCUUCAAUACGACCCAGUUGUUGCCCCUCAAGAUGCAGUACAGUGGAUGACGUACUGGCUGGUAUACUCAUCGUUGAACAUGAUCGAAGGACUAUUUCCAAUUGUUUUCAUGCACAUUCCUUAUUAUUUUAGCGCGAAGAUGGGCAUUAUGAUUUGGCUUUGUCACCCAGAUACGAUGGGCGCAAAGGUGAUAUUUAACCAGCUCCUUCGACCGAUGAUCGAUAAGGAAAGCAACAAGAACGCGUAA